UUAUUUAAACGCACUCGUCAUCAGCUGAUUCAUACUGAAGACAGAACUGGAAUGAGCUCGUUUUACCCGGCAGGCUGCCAUGCUUCACGUGCACGUGCAUCACUUCCCCAGUGCUCUUAUUGCGCGCUUCUGAUAAUGCCGUAGGCACAUUCGUCACAUAAUCCAUAUAUUCCUCAAAAUAUAAUGUACACUUUGCUAUUUAUUAAAAUAACAAUUUAUUGGUAACGUACACUUAUUCUUUAACACUUGUAUUUUCAUGAUACACAUAAGGCAACUGACGUGACGGUCUUAUUACAAAUGACCCAAUUCAAAGUUGUAAACUGAAUAUAACGAUAUCUACUGAUAACGUUCUGGUGUAGGAGAUUUGGUGGAUUUUGUUUGGUGUAUUUACAGACAGGCGAGAUUUGAGCGCAUCCUUGAAGCGCAAGCGCUAACUAAAGGGAGCGCGCACUCCGAUAUUAAACAGAAGGUAGCUGUCGCGCCCGCGCAUGAAUACCGGCUCCAGCCGGUAUAUAAUACGAGAAGCCUCAUAUCAGUCUGAUAAAACAGAGUCAGAGAAGUGUCAGAUUUAGCUAUUCUUCGAAUUAUCACGGUUUUUAGAUGACAUAAUUAUACGAUAGGCAACGGCUGAUUUGAUCAAAGUGUUUCUUUCUCCCGGCUCCGGCUUUUUCUAAAGACUGAACUAAAAGAACCCAGUUGUAGACGAUAUGUUCUUUACUUAGCCCUACAGUAAAGACGAUUGCUUACGAGUCAACUGUUUCUAACGUUCGAAACCUCAGUGUCAACCAUGACAGGAUUCAUUUCUGCCCUAAAGGGCUGCACAAGGCCCAAUGUGUAUGCAGAAGUGCCGGAUGGUGGAUGGGGAUGGGUGGUGGCUGGCGCCUUUUUCUUCGUGGAGGUUUUCACCUACGGCAUCAUCAAGAUUUUUGGGAUCUUUCUUCAGGACCUCAUGACCUGUUUUGGUGAAACCAACAGCAGAGUGUCAUGGGCUGUCUCCAUCUGUGUCUUUGUCAUGGCGUUUACAGCUCCCCUUUCCACGGUGAUGAGUAAUCGCUUUGGUUAUCGUCCGGUUGUCAUGCUCGGUGGGCUCCUGAUUACCACGGGUACCAUCACAACAGCUCUGACCCAGUCUAUCACUGAGAUGUACAUCACCAUGGGAAUUGUUGCAGGCCUGGGUUACUGCCUUACCUUCCUGCCUACAGUCACCAUCCUCUCGCAGUACUUCAGCAAGCGCCGCUCACUCGUCACGUCUAUAGCCUCCACAGGGGAAUGUUUCGCCUUGCUGGCUUUAGCUCCAGCUUUGAAUGCGCUGAAGGCGCAGAUCGGCUGGCGCUACUGCUUGGUUGUGAUCGGGGUUUUGCAGACUUCAAUCAUCAUCUGCGGUGCUCUGUUAAAGCCAAUAAUCAUUCAACCCAAUGAGGGUCCUGCAUCGCCGCUGAAAGAACCUGAUUCCAAAUACGACCUUGAGAACGAAUUCACACGUACCUCCGUCAACUCUGUGGACUCGGGGGUCCAGUCGGUCUCCUCCUCUCAGACGAAUCUCUCCGAGGGCCAGGGAUCAACAGAGCAGGACUCUGCAGAAAAAACAGCGCUUAAGCAAAACAAGGAGAGAGAAGCCAGCGAAGAAGAGCCGACAGCUUUGACUCCACUGAAACCAGAUUUACCCAAAGAAGAAGCACCAGGGGUCAAGCUGUUGGACUUCUCCGUGCUCAGGGACCCCAGCUUCAACUGUUACGCACUCUUCGGCCUGUUUGCCACCCUGGGCUUCUUCGCUCCACAGCUCUAUGUGAUAGAGCUCAGCAUAAGCCGAGGCUUGUCGCGAGACAGCGCCACCUACACGCUCUCGGCCAUGGCCGUGGCUGAGAUUAUAGGUCGUCUGUCCAUGGGUUGGAUUCUCAAUCGUAGGCCCAUACGCAAGAUCUACAUCCUGCUGAUUUGCACGCUGCUGCUGUGUCCGGUGCUGGUCGUCUUCACCUUUGUCACUGAGUUCUGGGGGUUGAUGACCUGCUCCUGUCUCUACGGCUUUCUGCUGGGUACCGUAGCAUCCAGUCACAUCCCCAUGCUGGCUGAAGAUGAUGUCAUUGGUAUUCAGAGAAUGCCAUCGGCUGUCGGAGUCUACGUCUGUAUCCAGAGCUUUGCGGGAUUGGCUGGUCCACCUCUUGGAGGUUUUCUGGUAGAUGUGACUAAGAAUUAUGGAUCGGCCUUUUACUCCUGUGCAGCUGGUAUGGGAGUAGGGACACUGUUUCUUGGACUGGUGCGUCCAGCCAAAACUGGUCUCUGCCUUUGGAAGAAGAGGACCAGUGAGGGCCAAAAACCACACAGAGACUCCUCAAAGGGUAGCGAAGACAUCCCCAUCGACUUUGUAGAAGUAGACGCAGACAUUGAUGACUGUCCUGCAAACAGCAAGCCUUGAACCAUGAAUACUACCUCACCUCGAGACACAUGCGCACAUCCUCCACUUGACUAUUCCACCCAAAGACUGCUGAAUGCAAACAGUCACAAAUAAAGGGUAUCAUUUGCAUUGCACUCCUGCUAAGCAUCCAAUCUCAUAAGCCCAAAAACACAACUUUUACAUUCUGUGUGUCAUUCAUUAUUAUUUAUUUGAAACAAUUACAGGAAGUUUUAAGGGUCCUGUAAUACUGCGGUAUAAAAUGUCACACUACAGUCUCUUAGUGUGUUACUUUAGCUUCACUGUUUUUUUUUUAAUAAUGUAUACUACAAACAAUCUUUACAGUCACAACUGAAAUGUCUCGUCACUGCUUUAAUGGUCAUGAAAAAAAACCUCAGGCCAUAUUGCUGCUCACAAUCUGGUGACCAAGAUGCUUACAUUGUGUUUACAUACGACUCAUUCUAGCCAAAGGUGCGAUGGUGAAAGAGCUGCCUAUUGUUUUAGAAAUAAAUGUCAUCUGUUUGCUUAAGGGGUUCCUUGUGAGCCACUUGCUCACGGUUUAAUUUGUAACUAGUAUUGCUACUGCACAUGCCAACGAAGCCGGCAACAUCUCAUCUUUGAAAGAGAGAGGAUUACGUUGCUUUGAUAACAGCCUGAUCAUUCCUAUUCACCUGGACCUUUUAAAAUCAAAACAUUUUUUAUUAGAGAUUGAUAUGGGUGUUAUUGGCCUCACUUGCAAGUCUUCCAUCUGAUGUAACCAGUAAGACAGUAAGAUCAGGUGUCAGAGGCUUUUUGUGGCCUCGGUGUUCCUGCCAAGAGAUGUGAUGUAAGAAACACAUUCAAGAGUAACUACUGAGAAAUGAACAUUGUUGCUGGAAUGUUGAAUGUGCCUUUCUAAAGAAUUAUGUAGGAUUCGAAACAGUAACCUCGGAUAUGAUCUCAGAACGUAAUUACAGUGAAGUUAUUUUGUAAUUCAUUAAACAGAUGACAGAUGAAUGGAGAAUGUGAUGGCGAGAAAUGCAAACCAAAUGUAUUCUAGUGAGAAACUGCUGCAUAUGAGAUGAGUCUGUGGGUAAAUACCAUUCAAAAUCCUUACCUAAUGACUUGAACUCUUAUGUAUUCUCUUAAUUUGUCAUACAUGAUGUAUUUAAAUACAGUAUAUAUUUAGGUUUUGUACUUUU